UGUCAGUCAGUCCCUCUGGUGAAAUAGUGGAGGGCAGUUCAGUGACUCUGACCUGCAGCAGUGAUGCCAACCCACCUGUCCAGAGUUACACCUGGUGGUGCAAGAAGAAUGGAGGUGACUAUCAGAGUAUGACAGGACCACAGCUUGUCUUCAAUCAAAUCUAGUCAUCUGACACUGGAGAGUACUACUGUGUGUCCCAGAAUGAGAUGGGGACAGACAGGUCUAGGACCAUCAACAUGGAUGUGAAGUAUAACCCAAAGAACACCUCAGUGUCAGUCAGUCCCUCUGGUGAAAUAGUGGAGGGCAGUUCAGUGACUCUGACCUGCAGCAGUGAUGCCAACCCACCUGUGGACAAAUACACCUGGUACAAGAAGAACGUAACCUCACCAAAAGCAUCAGGACAGAGUUACAGCAUCACUAACAUCAGCUCUGAGGACAGAGGAGAAUAUUACUGUGAGGCCCAGAAUAAAUAUGGACGUCUCAACUCUUCUUCUGUGUUUGUGGACGUUCAGUAUGGCCCAAAGAACACUUCAGUGUCAGUCAGUCCCUCUGGUGAAAUAGUGGAGGGCAGUUCAGUGACUCUGACCUGCAGCAGUGAUGCCAACCCACCUGUGGACAAAUACAUCUGGUACUUUCAAAACGAGACUUUUCUAAAUGGAUGUGGACAGAUCUACAACAUAAGUAACUUCAAGUCUAAGGACAGUGGACAUUACCACUGUGAGGCCUGGAAUGGAAGGGGAUCUAGGAACUCUACAGCUCUGAUGAUCAUUAUACCAGGUAAACAAACAGUUCUGACUGCAGCUGUAGGAAUCAUAGUGGUUGUUCUGGUUCUCAUCCUCUGUCUCUCUGGCUUCAUGUGGUUCAGGAAGAAGGCCUCUAAUUCCCCCUCUGACACAAGAGACACAGCAGACGAUGGACAGGGAGACACUAGUCCAGUGUAUGACAACAUCUCAGGCAUGGCCUUCACCCCUACUGCAGCACAGACAGCUGACACAGACAACCAGGAUGAUGUUCACUACUCCAGCGUCCACUUCUCUCACUCCAAAAACCAGGAAGUGCCUCUGUACUCCACCGUCCAGCUGCCUCAACCACAGAUACAAGACGAAGAUGUCCAAUACGCUGCUGUGAAAUUCAACCUCCCCGGUGCUGCCACCCAACCCGUGGCGGCACAAACAGCUGAGAAGGACCCCUCUGAGAUCUACAGUAGAAUCAACAAACCCAGAACCAAGAAGUCCUGAACACAACAAACCCAGAUCCAAGAAGACCUGAACUCAACAAACCAAGAACCAAGAAGACCUGAACACAACAAACCCAGAACCAAGAAGACCUGAACACAACAAACCCAGAACCAAGAAGACCUGAACACAACAAACCCAGAACCAAGAAGACCUGAACACAACAAACCCAGAACCAAGAAGACCUGAACUCAACAAACCAAGAAGACCUGACCUCAACAAACCCAGAACCAAGAAUGCCUGAAAACAAAAAGUUUAACAAAAACCUUGUACUCUAUAUAUACGAAAGUGGACACCCCUUCAAAUGAGUGGAUUUGGCUAUUUCAGCCACACCCGUUGCUGACAUAUGUAUAAAAUCGAGCGCACAGUCAUUCAAUCUCCAUAAACAAACAUCGGUCCUUAGCCCUGGAUACAGCCCUUAGCCGUGGUAUAUUGCUAUUAUAAACUGGUUACCAACAUAAAUAGAAAAGUAAACACGUACACUAACUGGUUUACAAUAAUAUAUACCAUCUAGCAGACACUUUUAUCCAAAGUCAUUCACUCAUUCAUUACAGUCAUGGGAGCAUAAAUCUUUCAUAUGGGUAGUCCCAACAGGAAUGGAACCUCCGAGCCACACUCUACCAACCGAGUCACACAGAACUACUCUAUUCACACUCAGAGUACGAGUGCUGAUCUAGGGUCAGUUUUGACUUUUAGACUACGAUUAAUAAGAAAGGGGCAUUGUAAAUAUUUAGAAAAGUAUAUAUGUAUUUUAAAAAAUAUUUUUUUAAGUAACAGUAAACUCAGAAUCUAACGACAAGAACUUUUGACAAAAAAUGUAGAUAUCUGAAUUAGGCAGCCUCGAUGUCCAGUUAUAGUUUAUAUAACUAUAUUUUGUUAUAUGUUAUCUGUCAGAAAGAAUCAUCAAACAUAUGAGACUAUUGCGUUUCAGGUAAGACCAAAAUGCAGACUGUGUUGACGUAACAAUGUUUACUACAGCAACAGGGGCAGGCAAACGUCAGGUCAAGACAGGCAGAGGUCGAUAAUCCAGAGUAGUGGGGCAAGGGUACAGGACGGCAGGCAGGUUCAGGUCAGGCAGGCUCAGGGUCAGGUCAGGUAAGGGUCAAAACCAGAAAGGCGAGAAAAAGAGACUGGGAAAAAGCAGGAGCCGAGACAAAACGCUUUUUGACUUAACAAACAAGACGAACUGGCAACAGACAAACAGAGAACACAGGUAUAAAUACACAGGGGAUAAUGGGGAAGAAGAGUGACACCUGGAGGAGGGUGGAGACAAGCACAAGGACAGGUGAAACAAAUCAGGGAGUGACAGAGACUAUAUAUGAAGUCUAACAACAAUAGUUAUUCUGUUCUAUUAUAUUGUAAUAGUUUAUAUGGUAUUGUUAGAUGAUACAAAAAAUGCUAAUUGAUAUGACA